CAACAGCCAACAUAUUCAUUACAGAUGUACUGCUGCACAUCUCAGAUAUUUAAAAGUGUAAAAAUGCUGGCUGUAAAUCAUCAACAUGACUUUACAAAGGCCCAUGUCGAAGGCGGGAUGCCGCACCACGCCCACAUGUGCUGUCCAUUGGUGCGCUUUCACGCACUGCGUCACAACUGCGCAGCACCGCUGAUGCUGAAAGCACUGUUCCGGGUUAUAACUGCGCAGCAUCUACGUCAACAUGAUGUUGUGAUCUGCGGGGUGUCUGCUGCCUGCAAACCAGCACUGUGUUUGCGAAAGGAAUGAAUACAUCCACAUCAACACUCCAAAAAAAAGAAAAAAAAGAAAAAAGUCUGGCUGCAUGCGUUUGGAUUUUGGAGACUGUGAGCGCAAAAAGCUAAAAUGUUUUGAGUUGACAAAGAAGGGAUUUUGCUCUGGAAUGGACAUGCGAUGUGAAGACAUUGUUCAGCCGCGAGGGCUCUGAUUGCUUCUUAGCCCUUCAACGAAAAACCAACAGUCGAUGAGAGGAUCAUAUUGCCCCUCAGGUGCUUUUACGCGCAGCCGCUGCACGCCGUGGUCGAACAGAAAGUGUAACGGAGUCUGAUUACGCACAGGAGGAUGGUGGCGGUGAUGGCGAGCUGCGGGGCGGCUUGUCACCUGGAAGAUGGAGAUGGAGAUAUCCCUGCACCUGAAAACAAAGAUAACCUGACAGAAAGUGACAGUGGUUCAGAGAACACAGGUACAUCCACUGAGGAGAGCUCAGAGGAGGAAGAGGAGGAUGAAGAGGAGGAUGAGGACUCUGCAGAAGUUGGUGCUGAGAAGGAAGAAGAGGAAGAAGAUAAUGAGGAGACCAAUGCAGAGGAAUCUGAACAUGAAGCAGUAGCUGGACCUGAAGCGGAGGUUUUGAAUGGGAAAGAUGAGAGGCACUUCAAAUUAUGCUGUGAAAAAUGCAAAGCCAUCCAGCAGAGCCAUGGCAAUGAACUCGUCACCCCCAGGAGGAUCUCCAGGGGACGAUUCCAGGUGCAGCUGGAAGGAGAGGGCACGUAUGAGUGUUCAGUCACCGGCCUGGUUUUUGAAGCAUCCGAGCCAGUUCUGGUGCGAUACUCGAUCUUGUCCUGGUCCAAGUUUGGUUCGUUCCUGCGGGAUUCCUGGAAGUUUGCCGGACCCAUCUUCAACGUGGACACGGUCAACAAGGAUGCGUCUGUGCUCAAGUCCAUCCAGUUCCCUCACUCCGUCUGCCUAGCUCAUCCAGAAAAUGAGAUGACAUUCAGCGUCUUGCACAUAAAGAACAACCGUCCGCUCAUCGAGCCGACAGUGGACCACUCAGGUAGCCAUGUUAAGUGGAAUGUGACGUCCCUGUCUCCAGUGGGUCCCAUUAUUCAGACCAGCCAGGCUGUCGAGCACCACGGGGUGGUUCUGGUCUACAAGCAGCUCGGCAGUGACAACAACAACUACAGCUUCCACGUCUACCUGGCAACAAACAGCUCAUCUGAUAUCAAGGAUAUACGCAAACAGGUACAAGGAUACAAGAACCGCUACAUCAAGAUAGACAAGCCUCCCACAUGUAAACUGGAUGAAGGGACGUAUCGUCUCCUGAGCGAGCCAGAGGGAGAAAUCAAACCUCAGGACUUGAAAUUCACCCUCGCAGUUACAAAGAUGAAAGGCUACUUUGAAGCUUUCUUUGAGCAGGCUCCUCCUUUUAAAUUAUCUCUUAUAGAGAUUAACACUGAAGAGACUGUAUGGUCGGCUACCAUCAGAGAAGGUGACUGCGUUAAUAACUCCGAAAAGAAGCCAAGGAAAAGAACAAACAGCAGACAGAGGAGCAGCAGCCCCUCAGAAGAAGAAACAGUCUGUAAAAGACCGAGAUGGCAGGAUGAGUCAGAUGGGGUAAAAACAGCGACGACUCAGGGCCUGGACAUGUCAGAGAAGCAGCUACUGCAGGUGGCCAAGCGGCUCGGGAAGGAGUGGAAGCAGGUGGCCAUCUAUCUAGACUUGAACUCCCGGGAGCUGGACGACAUCCAGGCGGCAGAGAAAGAUGUGACCAUGCAGAAGCUGAAGAUGCUGGUGGAGUGGAAGAGAAGGCGGCCGGGAGAAGCCACGGCGUACCACCUGUGGAAGAGCGUGGAGGACCUGGAUGACUUACCAAAUGAGGUUAAUCAGACACUGCAAGAUAUGAUGGACAAUCGAGCAGCUAAGUGAACAGAAUGUGAACUGAAUGGACUACUGCAUAUCUGUUGCUCCAUCAUUGGGAAGAUGCAAAAUUCUCAGGAAUACAGCAAAGCAGAGGUGACUUCUGGACUAAACAUCAGCCCUUCCCUCAGUGUGUGUUUCUCUUUUGACUUUCCAGACAUAAAACCGUUGAGUUUAUCUUUUUGCAUUUUGUGAAAUGAGCCAUUGUCUUGACUUUGAAUAGGCAUUUCCCCCAACUUUAUUCAGAUGUGGUCCUUUGGUUCUGUAGAGAGAGCAAAACAGUCAAGCUGUACUAAAGCAUUGAAUUCUUGUGUAUCUGGAAUUUGAUGCUCGUCAUCAUCAGGUUUAAAGAUGACCAGUCAGGAUUUAGAGGUCAUUGAGAUAUUUAGUAGCUAAUUUUGUAGCCAGUAAUAAUAGUAAUUGUAGGUGCUGCAGUGUUUCAGCUGCAAAAACUGGGAAAAUCCAACCUGUAUAUAUUGUUUCACUUUGAACUGAUAUUUUUGUGGAACUUUUUAUAAACAAAUUAGGCAUUACACCACACGCACAGCCACGUGACUGUCCAAAGAGUUAUGGACUGAACGUGGUAAGGUUUUCUUUGAAAAAAAAAUUCAUCGUGAAUUUUGGCGCAAAAAAACGCCAUAGUAUACUAUGUCGAAAAAUGCCAUUUUUCAACAUUUUGUAAAAACGUGCCAUAUGAUGAAAUAAUGUAAAGGAGGCCGUGAAAAACACUCCAGGAAGGUUUUCUUUAAAAAAAAAAAAAAAAAAUCAUCAUGAAUUUUGGCGCAAAAGAACGCCAUAGUAUACUAUGUCGAAAAAAAAUGUCAUUUUUCAACAUGUAAAAACGUGCCAUAUGAUGAAAUAAUGUAAAGGAGGUGGUGAAAAACACUCCGGAAAGGUUUUCUUAGAUGAAAAAAAAUCAUCAUGAAUUUUGGCGCAGAAAAACGCCAUAGUAUACUAUGUCGAAAAAAAAUGCAAUUUUUCAACAUGUUGUAAAAACGUGCCAUAUGAUGAAAUAAUGUAAAGGAGGUGGUGAAAAACACUCCGGAAAGGUUUUGUUAGAUGAAAAAAAAUCAUCAUGAAUUUUGGCGCAAAAAAACGCCAUAGUAUACUAUGUCGAAAAAAAAAUGCAAUUUUUCAACAUGUUGUAAAAACGUGCCAUAUGAUGAAAUAAUGUAAAGGAGGCCGUGAAAAACACUCCGGAAAGGUUUUCUUUGAAAAAAAGAAUCAUCAUGAAUUUUGGCGCAAAAAAACGCCAUAGUAUACUAUGUCGAAAAAAAAUGUCAUUUUUCAAAAUGUUGUAAAAACAUGCCAUAUGAUGAAAUAAUGUAAAGGAGGCCGUGAAAAACACUCCAGAAAGGUUUUCUUUUAAAAAAAAAAUCAUCAUGAAUUUUGGCGCAAAAAAAACGCCUUACUAUACUAUGUCGAAAAAAAAAUGCAAUUUUUCAACAUGUUGUAAAAACGUGCCAUAUGAUGAAAUAAUGUAAAGGAGGGCGUGAAAAAUACUCCGGAAAGGUUUUCUUUGAAAAAAACAAUCAUCAUGAAUUUUGGCACAAAAAAACGCCAUAGUAUACUAUGUCGAAAAAAAAUGUCAUGUUUCAACAUGUUGUAAAAACGUGCCAUAUGAUGAAAUAAUGUAAAGGAGGCCAUGAAAAACACUCCAGAAAGGUUUUCUUUGAAAAAAAAAUCAUCAUGAAUUUUGGCGCAAAAAAAUGCCUUACUAUACUAUGUCGAAAAAAAAUGCAAUUUUUCAACAUGUUGUAAAAACGUGCCAUAUGAUGAAAUAAUGUAAAGGAAGCCGUGAAAAACACUCCAGAAAGGUUUUCUUUGAUAAAAAAAAAUCAUCAUGAAUUUUGGCGCAAAAAAACGCCAUAGUAUACUAUGUCGAAAAAAAAAUGCAAUUUUUCAACAUGUUGUAAAAACGUACCAUAUGAUGAAUAAUGUAAAGGAGGCCAUGAAAAACACUCCGGAAAGGUUUUCUUUGAAAAAAAAAAAAAAAAAAAUCAUCAUGAAUUUUGGCGCAAAAAAACGCCAUAGUAUACUAUGUCGAAAAAUGUCAUUUUUCAACAUUUUAUAAAAACGUGCCAUAUGAUGAAAUAAUGUAAAGGAGGCCGUGAAAAACACUCCAGAAAGGUUUUCUUUGAAAACAAAAUCAUCAUGAAUUUUGGCGCAAAAAAAACGCCUUACUAUACUAUGUCGAAAAAAAAUGCGAUUUUUCAAACAUGUUGUAAAAACGUGCCAUAUGAUGAAAUAAUGUAAAGGAGGCAGUGAAAAACACUCCAGAAAGGUUUUCUUUGAAAAAAAAAUCAUCAUGAAUUUUGGCGCAAAAAAAACGCCUUACUAUACUAUGUCGAAAAAAAAUGCGAUUUUUCAAACAUGUUGUACAAACGUGCCAUAUGAUGAAAUAAUGUAAAGGAGGCCGUGAAAAACACUCCAGAAAGGUUUUCUUUAAAAAAAAAAAAAAAUCAUCAUGAAUUUUGGCGCAAAAAAACGCCAUAGUAUACUAUGUCGAAAAAAAUAAUGCAAAUUUUCAACAUGUUGUAAAAACGUGCCAUAUGAUGAAAUAAUGUAAAGGAGGCCGUGAAAAACACUCCAGAAAGGUUUUCUUUGAAAAAAAAAUCAUCAUGAAUUUUGGCGCAAAAAAAAUGCCUUACUAUACUAUGUCGAAAAAAAAUGCAAUUUUUCAACAUGUUGUAAAAACGUGCCAUAUGAUGAAAUAAUGUAAAGGAAGCCGUGAAAAACACUCCAGAAAGGUUUUCUUUGAUAAAAAAAAAUCAUCAUGAAUUUUGGCGCAAAAAAACGCCAUAGUAUACUAUGUCGAAAAAAAAAUGCAAUUUUUCAACAUGUUGUAAAAACGUACCAUAUGAUGAAUAAUGUAAAGGAGGCCAUGAAAAACACUCCGGAAAGGUUUUCUUUUAAAAAAAAAAAAAAAAAAAAUCAUCAUGAAUUUUGGCGCAAAAAAACGCCAUAGUAUACUAUGUCGAAAAAAAUGUCAUUUUUCAACAUGUUGUAAAAACGUGCCAUAUGAUGAAAUAAUGUAAAGGAGGCCGUGAAAAACACUCCAGAAAGGUUUUCUUUGAAAACAAAAUCAUCAUGAAUUUUGGCGCAAAAAAAACGCCUUACUAUACUAUGUCGAAAAAAAAUGCGAUUUUUCAAACAUGUUGUAAAAACGUGCCAUAUGAUGAAAUAAUGUAAAGGAGGCAGUGAAAAACACUCCAGAAAGGUUUUCUUUGAAAAAAAAAUCAUCAUGAAUUUUGGCGCAAAAAAAACGCCUUACUAUACUAUGUCGAAAAAAAAUGCGAUUUUUCAAACAUGUUGUAAAAACGUGCCAUAUGAUGAAAUAAUGUAAAGGAGGCCGUGAAAAACACUCCAGAAAGGUUUUCUUUAAAAAAAAAAAAAAACAUCAUGAGUUUUGGCGCAAAAAAACGCCAUAGUAUACUAUGUCGAAAAAAAUAAUGCAAAUUUUCAACAUGUUGUAAAAACGUGCCAUAUGAUGAAAUAAUGUAAAGGAGGCCGUGAAAAACACUCCAGAAAGGUUUUCUUUGAAAAAAAAAUCAUCAUGAAUUUUGGCGCAAAAAAAACGCCUUACUAUACUAUGUCGAAAAAAAAAUGUCACUUUUCAACAUGUUGUAAAAACGUGCCAUAUGAUGAAAUAAUGUAAAGGAAGCCGUGAAAAACACUCCAGAAAGGUUUUCUUUGAUAAAAAAAAAAUCAUCAUGAAUUUUGGCGCAAAAAAACGCCAUAGUAUACUAUGUCGAAAAAAAAUGUCACUUUUCAACAUGUUAUAAAAACGUGCCAUAUGAUGAAAUAAUGUAAAGGAGGCCGUGAAAAACACUCCGGAAAGGUUUUCUUUGAAAAAAAAAAUAAUCAUGAAUUUUGGCGCAAAAAAACGCCAUAGUAUACUAUGUCGAAAAAAAAAAUGCAAUUUUUCAACAUGUUGUAAAAACGUACCAUAUGAUGAAUAAUGUAAAGGAGGCCAUGAAAAACACUCCGGAAAGGUUUUCUUUGAAAAAAAAUCAUCAUGAAUUUUGGCGCAAAAAAACGCCAUAGUAUACUAUGUCGAAAAAUGUCAUUUUUCAACAUUUUAUAAAAACGUGCCAUAUGAUGAAAUAAUGUAAAGGAGGCCGUGAAAAACACUCCAGAAAGGUUUUCUUUGAAAAAAAAAUCAUCAUGAAUUUUGGCGCAAAAAAAACGCCUUACUAUACUAUGUCGAAAAAAAAUGCGAUUUUUUCAAACAUGUUGUAAAAACGUGCCAUAUGAUGAAAUAAUGUAAAGGAGGCAGUGAAAAACACUCCAGAAAGGUUUUCUUUGAAAAAAAAAAUCAUCAUGAAUUUUGGCGCAAAAAAAACGCCUUACUAUACUAUGUCGAAAAAAAAUGCAAUUUUUCAACAUGUUGUAAAAACGUGCCAUAUGAUGAAAUAAUGUAAAGGAAGCCGUGAAAAACACUCCAGAAAGGUUUUCUUUGAUAAAAAAAAAUCAGCAUGAAUUUUGGCGCAAAAAAACGCCAUAGUAUACUAUGUCGAAAAAAAAUGUCACUUUUCAACAUGUUGUAAAAACGUGCCAUAUGAUGAAAUAAUGUAAAGGAGGCCGUGAAAAACACUCCGGAAAGGUUUUCUUUGAAAAAAAAAAUCAUCAUGAAUUUUGGCGCAAAAAAACGCCAUAGUAUACUAUGUCGAAAAAAAUAAUGCAAUUUUUCAACAUGUUGUAAAAACGUGCCAUAUGAUGAAAUAAUGUAAAGGAGGCCGUGAAAAACACUCCAGAAAGGUUUUCUUUGAAAAAAAAAAAUCAUCAUGAAUUUUGGCGCAAAAAAACGCCAUAGUAUACUAUGUCGAAAAAAAAUGCGAUUUUUCAAACAUGUUGUAAAAACGUGCCAUAUGAUGAAAUAAUGUAAAGGAGGCCGUGAAAAACACUCCAGAAAGGUUUU